AUGAGUAAAUCCAGAAAACUUGAUAUUCAAAGCUCAUUCUGUGUUCUCUGUGGACGGACAGAUGACUGCCCUGAAAAGUAUGGAGAAAAGAAGACCUAUGUGAAAUACAAACUCACUUUUCAUUAUUACUGUUUGCUGUUGUCAAGUGGCAUUUGGCAGAGAGGGAAAGAAGAUGAAGGUAUAGAUGGAUUCUUAUUCACAGAUGUUAAAAAAGAAAUGAAGAGAGCUGCAAAACUGACAUGUUGUGUCUGUAAGAAAAAGGGUGCUUCGAUUGGAUGUGUAGAUCCCAAAUGCAGACGAAGUUUCCAUUUUCCUUGUGGGAUAGAAAAGGAAUGUAUUUACCAGUUCAUGGAAGACUUCAGAUCUUACUGCUGGGAACAUAGACCAGUCCAAAAGUUUACAGAUGAAGAAUAUGGAGGAGCUUCACAAUGCACAAUAUGCCUGGAUUUGGUUGAACAUCUUCCAGUGUACGGUGUAAUGAAAAGUCCUUGCUGUAAAAGUGCUUGGUUUCAUCGAGAAUGCUUGCAGUAUCAAGCUUUGAGUGCUGGGAUAUUUUUCUUUAGGUGCACGGUAUGUAAUAACAAGAGCAAAUUUCAAGAAGAAAUGUUGAGAAUGGGCAUACACAUUCCAGAAAAGGAUGCAUCUUGGGAACUUGAAGAGAAUGCAUAUCAAGACUUACUGCAGUCUUACCAACACUGUGAUGUUAGAAGAUGUCUCUGCAGGAAGGGAAGAGACUAUAAUAAGCCUGAUAGUAACUGGGAAAUAAAGCGUUGUCAGUAUUGUGGUUCCCGUGGGACUCACUUGGCCUGUUCUUCUCUGAAUUCAUGGGAGGAAAACUGGGAGUGCACAGAAUGCAGAAGUAUCUUUGCAAAGUCAGGGAAGCGUAGCAGAAAGAAAAAACAUUCUUUGGCUGACUCUGAAAAGACAAGUGGAACACCUUUGCUGGAAGAGCCAUCUCUAAAGAGCUGUCGGAAGUCAUCUGGACCUCAACGCAGUUUUCUACUCCAAUCACCUAAGCUAAUGUGCCAGAACAACUUGUCUCCUUGCUCACACCUAGAACUUUCAGCAUCCAACAGAGUGAAGAUACCCCUCUCUCCACUGAUGUCAAACAGAAACUGACAUUUAAGAAAGCAAAGAAGGGAAGUUUGUGAUAUACUGAAGGAGUUAAAGCUACAAGUUAAUAAAAAAAAAACAAAGCUUUACAUCAAUGCAGAAGAUAUCUGGAAUAGUGCUUUAAAAGUAUUUAGACAGCACAACUUCAGUCCUACAAACACCAUUGAAAUCAAGAUCUUACACUGCAAAACCCAGUCAAAGACAGAUACUUCCACUGCAUCCAACCACCAUUUCUUCCACUUAUUAAUGCUUCACCUUCAGAAUUCAUCAUUGUUUGUGGGCUCUUCUGCAAAGAACUUGUCCCUUGAUUUUCAAGCUGUACAAGAGAAUCUAUAUUUUGAAGCUGGGAAAAUGAUUGCGGUUUCUCUGGUUCAUGGUGGUCCAUCUCCUGGUUUCUUUUCCAAAACACUGUUUGAUUGUCUUGUCUAUGGUCCAGAGAAUGUGCAGCCAGCUUUGGAAGAUGUUGCUGAUGUUGAUGUAGCACAAAUGAUAGAAACGAUAAAAUAUGCAAGUAGUCUGUCCAGCCUACACUCUACAAUACACGACUGCUGUGACUUCCUUGCUGCUGCUGGAUGUGUAAGACCUGUAACAGAUUUGUGUGAAAAGAACAUGCUGGUGAAUGACAUAUUGAUCUACCAUGUAAUCAAGAGAAUAGCUUCACCUUUAGAAAGCUUUAGGCAAGGUUUGAAAACUCUUGGUGUCCUAGAGAAAAUGCAAAUGCAUCCAGAUGCCUUCUCUAGCAUAUUCUGCCACAAACCUGAAAGACUUUCAGCAGAAACUAUUUGUGAUCUUUUUACAAUCCAUUCCUCAUCAGAUGUAAAUAAAGUUCAAGGUGCUGAUUUUUGGAUGAGCUAUUUGCAAGAUGUGGAAAGUGGUGAGUCUCUAGUGACAUUGGAGGAUAUUCUGCUCUUCGCAACAGGCUGUUCUUCUAUACCAUCCAUUGGUUUUGACCCUGAACCUACUAUUAAAUUUUUACGGAGGAGUUGUCCCAUUGGAAACAGACUCCUUAAUUGCUUGGAGCUCCCUAUAACAGAGUCAUAUGAGCAGUUUAAAAACCAAAUGGAGCUCGCCAUCAGAAACACACUAAGAGGUGAAAGGGAAUUGCUUUUUUUCUACUGA